AUGAGCUUGUAUUACAAGUCGUUGCUGGAGGCCCCUCAGCGGGAGUACAAGGAGAUAUUUAUAUACUUGAAUAAAAUACUUAUUAAAUUAAAGGAGAAAUUAUUGAGGCUUGGGAUCAAGGAUCUGUGUUUUGAUCCGUUCAUAGACUGUGAAACUUGGGAGGACAAUGUAACAAAAUGGCCGGACGUUCAGUUUGGGGAAAUUUACUGUUACCAUGUAGACACUCCAGGACAAUUUACCCGAGAGACAUCGAAAGCUUACCGUUCGUUGGAGGCCUACAACUUUUUUCACAGUGGUUUCAGGUUGGGUGAGGUAUGUUCCUAUGUUGCUGCCAUCUUCUUCAAGAUCGAGGCAAGCGUUCGACUGGGUUACAACAAGGUAGCUUGUACUUCAAUGCCUUGCUUAUGGAACCAGAACUUUACAAAGAAGGUAGAGGCAGUCCAGUUAUCGCUAAUCAACUUUGAAAAACCAAAACAGGACAACUUUCACCAACCUUCCAAUGCAGCUCCACAACAAGCAGACCCAGUGUUUUACAACACCGCAUCUUUUCUGCAGAAACUGAGGAAUUGCAACCCAUCCGCAGUCAUCUUCACUGUUACAAAUCCUCGGCCUAAUCCAACUCUAGCUAAACCCGCACUACCGACAGUGUUUUCCUCCUUCUUUGAUCCGUUAAAUGCCAGGCUUUCAGAGACCGAACUUCGAACAAAGUGUGAGGAGAUUCUCGGAACAAUCGCUGUCAGCCAUGAGGAAUCACACAACGUUGAGAAGCUGACCAGAGAGCAAAGUUUGUGCACUCAGUGGUUCAAGUUCCGAGAAGGCAGACUUACAGCUUCAAGGUUCUAUGACAUUUGCCACACAAAUGUGCAGAGACCAAGUGUUUCCCUCAUCAAAGGAAUAAUGCACUAUGUUCCAAACAUCGAGACACCAGCAAUCAAGUGGGGGAAGACGAAAGAGGAAGUAGCCCUGAGAGAGUACUCCGAGAUGAUGAAGAUACACCAUCCAUCAUUUUCAGCGAGACGGAGUGGUCUGAUGCUCAACCCACAUUACCCUACUCUUGGAGCCAGCCCAGAUGCAGUGACUGACUGUAUGUGUUGCGGUAAAGGACUGGUGGAGAUCAAGUGUCCAUUUAAGAUCAGGGACACUAAUCCAUGUGAAGUGAACACCCCGAAUUUUUAUCUGAGACCUCAUGCCCAAACUGAGAGAGGACAGCCUUGUACCAACAUGCUACCAAGUGCUUCAAGACACUUUUACCAAGUACAGGGACAAAUGGCAGUGUGUGAUGUGGAUUACUGUGAUUUUGUGUGUUGGACUACUCGUGGACUACAUGUUGAACGCAUUCAUCGUGAUCAACAUUUCUUCAAUGAGAAAGUGCUGCAAUUUUUGAACAGAUUCUUCCUGAAAGCAAUGCUUCCAGAAAUUCUUACUCAAAGACUUCUUGAUGCCAACAACAAUGUUCAGGACACCGAGUGUAUAUGUGGAAAACCUGAGAGCUUCGACAACAUGAUAGAAUGUGAAUCUGGACAUUGUAAAGUUGGCUGGUAUCAUUUCAAAUGUGUGAGACUUAAAGCCGCCCCCAAGGGUUCGUGGACUUGCCUACCUUGCAGAAGAAUGCCCCCCUCCAAGAAAAACAAACAGUGACUAAACAAUUAUUAACUCUGAUGAUGUGUAUGACUGCAAAUAUGAUCAAGAACUGUGCAUAAGUAUGCCUUGUGUGUAUUUGCAUUUUUUCAUAAAGAUUUAUAUAUGCUGUGAAGAAAUGGACAAUGACUAUAAAUCUAUUGUGAUCUUUGAUUAUGAUCUACCUAGAUUUCAGUUUGUGUUUAAUGUUUUUGAAAGCUGGCCCCUCAAUACGGAGCACUUGUAUUUUUUAUUACAUGUGUUCGGAUGUCCAUUAUAUCUGUUGUAGUCUGUUUUCAUUCAUUUUUAAUGCCUUAUUAUUUCAUCUUUUUCAUGUUUAAUAAAAUA